AUGCCCAGUGGCGACUUUACACAUCGGAAGCAGGAUUGCAUGGACGAGUUGAUGAAGCAUGAACUACUAGUGGGUCCAGAUGGCAAUUUAAUAGGCAGUAAACGAGUUCUGUGGGAGGAGGGGAUACAAGGCCGCACAUCGUCCAUCCUCGACAUCCUUAUUCCGAAAUCUAGUCUUAAAAUACAAGACAUCCAUGACAUCAAGUAUGUCAAGAAGAAGGACGAUUGUAUCAUACACGGUUUAUCCGUAGAGUAUGAUGGACGUGUCGACAGCACAUCACACAUUUGUGACCAUGUCCGCGAUCACCUCCCAGAUUCACCGAUAUUCACCAACAAGAUUCACCGUCGCAUGCUUUUGACUCCCUGCGGAAUCCUGCUAACCAGCUUCAAGUCUAUACCUGAGCUGGUCAAUGUUUUUCUUGACCUUGUUGUUGCCCACAAAACAAUGACGACGCAGCGGAAGGUUCUUCAUGGAGAUCUCAGUCCCAACAACAUCAUCAUAUACGAGGGAAAAGGCUACUUGAUCGACUUCGACCACGCCAAAUUCAUCCAACUUAACAAUAAAGCAAAGGAUUCACAUGGAACAGGAACGAUACCAUACAUAUCCUACCGCCUUCUCAAGCUGAUUGGAAGCAUUCAGACUCCUGACUCAAUCGAACACAAGGCCUCCGACGACCUUGAGUCACUCUUCUAUAUUAUCCUCGAAUUUACGAUUAUAUAUGAUGGGCCCAGCGGCCUAAUCACAAACAGGGGGGUGCUCCCUGACAACACCCGUAGAUGGCAUAAAGCCUAUGUUGCGAUGGGAAAAGAUGGUCUCGGGACUAGUGGAACCCUCAAGGAAGAAUUCUGA